AUGGCGAAACUAUUAUCCCUAGCUUGUUUUCGAAACGAAGGAUGGCACAAUCUCUCCGCUCGAUCUCACUAUCCCUCCAUGCCUUCCUAUCCCAAAGGCGAACCCGGUACCAGCGCUACCGCCGUCGCCGCCGUCACCGAGGCUUCCAAUGUCACCGGACUUUUCUCCGUUCACGGUAUGACUUGCUCCGCUUGUGCCGGAUCCGUUGAGAAAUCCAUCAAACGUCUCCAUGGAAUUCAGGAAGCUGUUGUUGAUGUCCUCAACAACCGUGCUCGCGUCAUCUUUCAUCCCUUGUUUGUUAACGAGGAGGCUAUUUGUGAGGCAAUUGAAGAUGCUGGAUUUGAAGCGGCGUUACUGGCGGAUGUGACGAAUGAUAUUUCAACUCAAAUAUGCCAUAUACAAAUCAAAGGAAUGACAUGCACGUCGUGCUCUACUGCCGUUGAAUCAAUACUGGUCGCCCUUCCCGGAGUCGUUGAAGCUCGAGUAGCUUUAGCAACUGAAGAAGCCAACGUUCGUUACAACCCAAACAUAAUUACCUAUAGCCAAAUCUUGAAAGCAGUUGAUGAUGCUGGAUUUGAAGCCAUUCUUAUCAGUUCAAGUGAAGAUUUAAGCAAAAUAGAUCUUCAAGUAGAAGGUGAUCUCUCCGAUCAUUCAAUGAUCAAGCUUAUCGAAGAUUCUCUUCGAUCACUCCCAGGGGUUUUAGAAUUACGCCCGAGUCUUGAAUUGAAUAAAAUAUCAGUUUCUUAUAAACCAGAUCUAACAGGACCACGAGACUUCAUCAAAGUGAUUCAAGAAACUAGUAAUGGAAGUUUGGAGGCGAAGAUAUUUCCUGGCGAAGGAGGAAGAAGAGAUGCUCAUAGAAAACAGGAAAUAAAAAGUUAUUAUAAAUCCUUUUUAUGGAGUUUGGUGUUUACUGUUCCAGUUUUUCUUACUUCCAUGGUGUUUAUGUAUAUACCUGGAAUAAAGGAUUUGUUGGAUAACAAAGUUGUGAAAAUGCUAACUAUUGGAGAGGUUAUUCGUUGGGUGCUUGCAACACCGGUGCAGUUCGUAUUCGGGUGGAGAUUUUACGUUGGUUCUUAUAAAUCAUUGCGCCGUGGCUCUGCUAAUAUGGAUGUUCUUAUUGCUCUUGGAACAAAUGCUGCUUAUUUCUAUUCUGUUUACUCUGUUUUGAGAGCUGCUACUUCUAAGGUUUUUGAAGGCACUGAUUUUUUUGAGACUAGCGCAAUGCUUAUUUCGUUUAUUCUCUUAGGGAAGUAUCUUGAGAUUUUAGCUAAAGGGAAAACAUCAAAUGCAAUUGCUAAGCUCAUGAAUUUGACACCUGAUACUGCUAUAUUGUUAAGUUUGGAUGGUGAUGGCAAUGUUGUUGGGGAGGAAGAGAUUGAUAGUAGGUUGGUUCAGAAGAAUGACGUGAUUAAAAUUAUUCCGGGUGCAAAAGUAGCAUCGGAUGGUUUGGUUGUUUGGGGACAGAGUCAUGUGAAUGAGAGUAUGAUAACUGGCGAGGCACGUCCUGUGUCUAAGAGGAAAGGUGAUACUGUUAUUGGUGGAACAUUGAAUGAGAAUGGAGUUUUGCAUGUUAAGGCAACAAAAGUUGGAUCAGAAAGUGCUCUUUCACAGAUUGUUCGACUUGUUGAGUCUGCACAAAUGGCCAAAGCUCCUGUGCAGAAGUUUGCUGAUCGCAUUUCUACAUACUUUGUGCCUCUGGUGAUUUUGAUCUCAUUUUCAACCUGGCUUGCCUGGUUUUUAGCUGGAAAAUAUCACGCUUACCCGAAAUCCUGGAUACCGUCUUCCAUGGACAGCUUUGAGCUUGCUCUGCAGUUUGGAAUAUCUGUGAUGGUUAUUGCCUGCCCUUGUGCUUUGGGUUUAGCUACACCUACUGCUGUUAUGGUUGGUACUGGAGUUGGCGCAUCUCAGGGUGUUUUAAUCAAAGGGGGGCAAGCUCUGGAAAGUGCACAUAAGGUAAACUGCAUUGUUUUUGACAAGACAGGUACUCUCACUAUUGGGAAGCCAGUGAUAGUAAAUACAAAACUAUUGAUAAAAAUGGUACUCCGGGAGUUCUACGAACUUGUUGCUGCAGCUGAGGUUAACAGUGAGCAUCCUCUAGCUAAGGCUGUUGUUGAGUAUGCCAAAAAAUUUAAAGAUGAGGAGAACCCUUCUUGGCCAGAAGCACGUGAUUUUGUUUCCAUUACUGGACAUGGAGUAAAGGCCACCGUUCGUAACAAGGAAAUAAUGGUGGGUAAUAAGAGCUUGUUUACUGACCACAAUAUUGCAAUUCCCGCCAUUGCUGAAGAUCUACUUGCUGAAGCUGAAAAUUUGGCUCAAACAGGAAUUGUAGUAUCUAUAAAUGGGGAAGUAGCUGGGGUUUUAGCAGUAUCUGAUCCAUUGAAAUCAGGUGCUCAAGAAGUUAUUUCCAUUCUCAAGUCUAUGAACAUUAAGAGCAUCAUGGUGUCUGGAGACAACUGGGGAACUGCUAAUUCUAUUGCCCGGGAGGUUGGGAUUGAAGAUGUUAUUGCUGAGGCGAAACCUGAUCAGAAAGCAGAUAAAGUGAAAAACUUGCAGGCUUCUGGGUACACAGUGGCUAUGGUAGGGGAUGGCAUCAAUGAUUCACCUGCACUUGUAGCAGCAGAUGUUGGAAUGGCAAUAGGCGCUGGCACAGACAUUGCUAUUGAGGCAGCUGAUAUUGUCCUAAUGAAGAGCAACUUAGAGGAUGUCAUAACCGCGAUUGACCUUUCCCGAAAAACAUUUUCCCGUAUACGCCUUAAUUAUAUUUGGGCUUUGGGCUAUAAUGUGCUUGGCAUUCCAAUAGCAGCUGGAGUUCUUUUCCCUUCUACAGGCUUUCGAUUGCCACCUUGGAUUGCUGGAGCUGCUAUGGCUGCUUCUUCUGUUAGUGUUGUUUGCUGUUCUCUGUUGUUGAAAUAUUACAAGAGACCCAAGAAGCUGAACAGCCUUGACAUAGGAGCCAUAACAAUCGAGACAUCAAGUGAUCCUUUGAUCAUACAUGACGACUGA